AUGAAAAAUAAUAUUAUUAAUUAUUUUAAAUUAUCAAAUAUUAUUAAUAUCAAGAUUAAACAAAUUUUAGAAAAUAAAUUUAAAGAACGUUGGUUAAUUGAAAUUGGUAAACCUUGGGUAGAUUGUAAAGAGUAUGGAGAGUUAAUUUAUAAAUUCCUUUGUAUGAAUCCUCACUUUACCAAUUCAAAUUGUUUAACAAAUGACCAUAAUUUUUAUCAAAAAAGUAUUAUUUCAAAUGGAAACCUCAAUUCUUUCAAUGUACAAUUAUUAUCAUCACUUUUAAUUAAUUUCAAUUUUACCAAAAUUAAUGAUAAAGAAAAAUUAUCAUUUGAAAAUAAACAAAUUUCAAGUAUUAAUCAAAUUAAUGAUAAUUUUAUAUUAAUUAAAGAUUUUAAAAUUGAAGAAAGUGAAUUAAAAAAUAUAAAACAAAAUUUAAUUAAUAUUUUAAUUGAAAUGAAUGAUUAUUUAAAAGGUGAAUUAGAAGAUACAAUUCAAUCAAUUGAAACUAUGGAUAUAGUAAAUAUUCAAAAACCACAACAAUCAACUAAUAAAAUUCCAAAUUCCAAAUCAAAUUUAUCAAAUAAAACUAACACUAAUACAACAACAACAACAACAACAACAACAACAACCUCAAAAAUCACAACAAAAAAAGAAAAUAAAAUUGAAGAAUCAAUUAAAUUAAAAGAACUUGGUAAUAUUGAAUAUACAAAAAAAAAUUAUAAUUUAGCAAUUGAAUAUUAUACAAAGGGUAUUGAUCAAUUAAAUGGUUAUAAUAAAGAAUCACCAAUUGAAAAAAGUGGUAUGGAUUUAUGUGAAUUAAAAUCAUUACUUUAUUUAAAUAGAUCAAUUUCAAAAUUUGAAUAUUAUAAGUUAAGUUCAUUAAAAGGAUAUGAAAAAGUGCAUUUAUCAAGAGAGUUAAAUAAUUUUGAACCAAAUGAAUUUAGAUCACUCUUGGAAGAAAGUAAAAUUGACUCAUUUGAAUCAAUGAAACAAUCACCAUUGUUUUAUCGUAGUUAUUUUAGAUUAUCUCAAAUUUUAUCAUUUCAAGGAAAAUAUAAUGAAUCAAUUCAAUUUUUAGGAGCUGCUGAUCAAUUAAAUCCAUCAUGUAAAGAGGUAACUGAUUUUAAAAAAUUGGUAAAUGAAAAAUUGAAUUAUAGAAAUUCAACUUUAUUUGGUGAUAUUAGAAACUUUGAAAAUGAAGCUAAAUUAUUCAUUGAAAAACAUAAAUUCAAUUCAUUCUUUAAAGGCUAUUUACCAAUACUAAUCGAUCAAUUGGGUAUGGUUGAAGAAAUGAUUUCAACUAGUUUAAGUCAAAAUCGUAUUACAAUUAAUCAUUUAAAUAAUGUUGGUGAAGAGUAUAUGUUUGAAUAUGAAGAUUAUAGAAAUGCAUAUAAAUAUUUUUCAAAAUCAAUUAAAGAAAGUAAUAUAUCAAAUGGGUUUUUUCAUCUUUCAACAUUAUAUUUAAUUGGUGUUGGUGUAGAUAAAUUAAAGAAAGAUUCAAACAUUGGUUUAUCAUUAUUAUAUGAAGCAAGUCUUAAACCACUUCAUUUUGAUGAUGAUGAUCAAGAUGAUUAUGGUGAUAGCUCAUUCUUUACAGAUUCAAAUAUAUAUGUUUUAGAGUCUUUGAAUUCACUUGGUUAUUUAUUUCAAUUUGGUAUUGAUGGUAUAGAUAUAGAUUUAGAAAAGAGUGAAUACUAUUACGAAUUGGGUGUUAAAUAUAGUUUUAUCAAAUCAAUUAUUUCUUACUCUGAUAUGUUAUUAAAUUGUAAAGGUUAUGAAAAUAAAGAAAAAUCUGAAACAUUAUUAAAAAAAGGCAAAUAA